AGAAAUAUCGAUAGCGCGCCGCAUGCAACCGUGAAAGUGGAGGCGGCGUUUCGUUGUUGUGUCAAAACAAUAAGCGACCAGCAGAAUUUCAGCACACCCAUCGGCCAGCGAAGAUAAAGCUAGCAGAGAUUAGGACCCACUCCAACCGCCACACAGUCAGAACCCAGAGCCCAGACACGAUCCCAAACAGAGAUCCUCCCAGGGAGAAGAGAGGCAGCGGCAAUGAAAAUCACGGUGACCACCAGCGAUGACAAGGUCUUCUGCUUGGACGUGGCCCAGGAUCUGGAGCUGGAGAACCUGAAGGCCCUCUGCGCGAUGGAGAUCGGUGCGGAGGUGGCCCAGAUAGUGGUCAUCUUCAAUGGGCGCGAGCUUUCCAGCGACAAACAGACGCUGCAGCAGUGCGGCGUCGGCGACGGCGACUUCAUAAUGCUGGAACGCCGCAGGAGCGCCACUCGGUCAGGUGGCGGGAAUCCUGCGAUCAGCACACUGGACUUCAGCAGCAUCGCAGUGCCGGGCUCGAGUUCCGGCGGCAGUCCACCUUCGAGGAGUGCUCAGGGACAACUGGGGAUGCAGCAGCAGCAGCAGUUCAACAACAUCACAGACAUCCCCCCGACCGAUGAGUUCAAUGUGAACUUCGACGAUGACCCGGCGACCGUGCGCCAGAUGUUCCUGUCCAGUCCAGAGACGCUGUCGCUCCUCCGGCAGUACAAUCCCCGUCUGGCCGAGGCCCUCGACUCUGGCGACCAGGAGACGUUCGCCCGACUCCUCCGCGAGCACGUUACGGAGCGAAAGCGACGCAACGAGCACCGCAUGCGCAUGCUUAACGCCGAUCCCUUCGACGAGGAGACGCAACGCCUGAUUGCCGAGGAGAUCAAGCAGAAGAAUAUUCAGGAUAACAUGGCGGCGGCCAUUGAAUACAAUCCAGAGAUCUUCGGCACGGUCACCAUGCUUUAUAUCAACUGCAAGGUGAAUGGAAUACCAGUGAAGGCCUUUGUGGACUCGGGCGCCCAGACGACGAUCAUGAGCAAGGACUGCGCCGAACGCUGCCACGUCAACCGGCUGAUAGACACGCGUUGGAACGGCGUGGCCAAGGGUGUGGGAACACAGCCAAUUCUGGGAAGGAUUCACAUGGUGCAGCUGCAGAUCGAGAACGAUCACCUAACGUCCAGCUUCACGGUGCUGGGCCAGCAGCCCAUGGACAUGCUGCUGGGUCUGGACAUGCUGAAGCGCCAUCAGUGCCUAAUUGACUUGCAGCGGAAUCUGUUGAUUAUCGGCACGACCGGAACAACGACGCCGUUUCUGCCGGAGAGCGAGCUGCCGGUCAGCGCUCGGCUCACAGGAAACUCGGAGGAAUCGAUGGAGCAGGAGGCCAUUGCCAAUGCCAUCGAGCAGAGCAAGCGCGAGGGCGGCGGCAGCGAAAUGGGGGCUGGCGGAGGACCCAACACGAUCCAGCCGCUGGACCGCUUCACCGAACAGGACGUCACCGAUCUCAUGGCCCUGGGCUAUCCGCGCAGCGAUGUGCUCACCGUGCUGCGGCUUUGCGGCGGCAACAAGCAGGCGGCCAGCUCUGUGCUGCUCAACCGCAAUGCCGCCGCCUCGGGGGCAGGACUUAGCUGAACGCGGCUAGAUCCCUAGUACACACCACCUCAAGCCGAACUCCCCACAGCCAGAAACAGGAUUGCAAUAGGAUGAUGAGCAUACAGGACACCACCAACUGGGUGCGCCGUUCCAACAAAAUACUCCGAGCAAUACCAAAAAUAAGCCACACGCCACAUAUAUAAAGUCAAGUAGGAUGCAGAAUACACACACACAACAACAACAGCAACAACAAAUAAGCAAUGAAACCAGAAACGAAAACCUUUCUAAUUUAGUGAAAUUUUUAUAAACCGAAGCCACUUUUUUAUACGAAUCGUUUGUUACGAUGUACAAUAUCUAAUUAGGGUGCUUUUCCAGCACCGGAUCAUUUUUAAAACAGAGCCAGGGGUUGGUUUUUUCUAGAAAAUAUUGAGAGGAAUAGUAGGCGAUUUAAUCUAAACAAGUAAGACAAAAGUAAAGAUAACGAAUGUAAUAGAUGGAUAACUGGAAGGUGAUGGAACCAAGCCGCAUCAACGAAAACAUUAAAUAUGUUAAACAGAUAAUACAAACUAAAAACGGAAAUAAGUACGCCUGACUAUUCAAAUAUAUUACAAUUAUACACAUAUAAACAUUAUAUACAAUUUGAACUAGUAUUAAGGCUCUGUCAAGCUAAACUGAAUUGGGUCAAUAAAAGGUCGAGAGUAUUGUUUUGGAUUUGAAAAGGAAAGAAAAGUAAAA